AUGGUCGUCUCAACAGAAGAUGAAGACAACUUUACCUCGAUCACAUGGGAGUCGGCAGAUGAUGCACAGCGGUCUGCAAGUGCGUCGAAUGCAGCAGCAGGCAGCGCACCAGCGUCAUCAGCAGCAGCAGCGGCGGCAACAGCCUCGUCGUCCUCGUCAUCAGCUCCCCAACCAACAGGCGUAGAGCUAGUACUCGGCACUCACAACGUCGCAGACCCGUACUCACGUCCGCUACCAUCAGAAGAGUCCGGCCAGCCCAGAUGGCAAGGCUUCCUACUGGCUCAGGUGACCGAAGCUCGAAGAGAACACGAGGGGACAAAGGAGAUGUUCGUCAGCUAUGGCAUCCGGGCAGAGACGAAUCUACGACACUUUGCUCGCACGAGGAUCGCGACGAGGAGACGCUUUCAGGAUUUUCGAUUCUUGAGGCAGAACCUAGCCAGAGACUUUCCCGCUUGUGUGGUGGCGCCACUGCCGGACAAGCAUCGGAUGGAGUACUUGACAGGGGAUCGAUUUAGCGAUGAGUUCAUUGCGAGACGGGUAGCAGACCUUCAGCUCUUCCUCGAGCGAGUCUGCCGCCAUCCCACCCUCCAGCGCUCACAACUCCUCCGCAGCUUCCUCGAGUCAACAGAAUGGCACGUCGAGAUGCACAUGCACACCUCCUCAGCAGCUAGCGGCAGCUCCUCGUCCACAAGCACAGGCAUAGACGAAGGCCCACGAGCGCCGCAGGGCAUCCUCGACACCCUGUCCGAUACCUUCCUCAACGCUUUCACCAAAGUACGCAAGCCGGACGAGAAGUUUGAGAUCAUGAAGGAGCGGCUAGAGAAAUUCGACGAGGGGCUCGGGGGCGUUGAGCGUGUGGUCAGCAAAGGUCGUGUGAGAUGGACAGGAUCUCCCUCUACCCCUUCCUCCUCCGCAUCUGCCUCAUCUCCACCACCCUCUGCCUUUUCAUCGGCCUAUCUCCGCAACCACGGCGGCGACUCCUCGGCUUCAUCGACUCCCACGUCUGCAAUGUCCCGCUUCUCGCCAUGGCGCUCCACCUCAUCAUCGAACCAACCCCGCUCGCCAUCCAAUCCGGCUUCGCCCAAACAACAACUCUUGGCGCCCAAUCUCGGUCUCGAAUCGCAAGACCUUGCCGGUGAUUACGAGGAGCUGGCGAGCAGUAUCGAGGGGCUAGGCCUGCUGGAGAGCGGGAUUACCGAUGCGUUGAAUCGUUUUGCGGCCACUUCGAACGAAUGGGCUAGGAUCAUGAGGGAGACGACCGGUCGCUCAACAGAGGACCUCUCCUCACAUCUGCAUGCGAUUCUUGCCUACUCUGCAGCGCAUCGCUCUGUCCUAAAGCUGCGCGACCAGAAGCAGGUAGACUUUGAGGAGUUGACCGACUACCUCUCCUCUGUCGUGUCAGAGCGAGACCGUCUCUCUAGCCUGUCGAGCCCGUACGGCGGAGGACACGGCCAUGGGGGUGUGAGGGGCAGUGGACUGACAGGAUACCUGAAGGAUCGAAUGGAUCACCUGCGCGGCGUGGACGAAGAGAGGACGAGGGUGGAACGCAUGGCCAGGCUAGACGGCAGGAUCAAAGAGCUGCAGGAUGCUGUCACUCUAUCGCACGACGUCUCUGUGGCCUUUUCGGAUGAGGUGGUGAAGGAGAAUGUGGUCUUCCACCUGGCCAAAGAUCAGGAGAUGAAGGACCUCUUGGGGGCUUAUGCGGAGGGGCAAGUCGAGAUGUGGAAGAGGGGGGAGGAGGCGUGGGAUGCCCUGAUCCCGAGGUUGGAAGCUAUCAAAGUGGAUGCAUCACACAAGCAGGCGCAAUCCCCCAUGUCUCUCUAUACGCCCAGCUCGAAAUCCAAGCGCAGAACUCCCGCAGGCUCUGGCUCGGCAAGCGGCGUUGUCCUCGACGGGAUACGGGGCAAUGGAGCGGGCACCCCAUCGGGACGCUCAGGUGCUGCAGGUGGCUCCUCGUCUCAUCGAGACCAUCUGCAUCACAAUGGUGGCUCCUCAUCACACCAUCAUCGCGACGGUCCUAGCGCUGCAGACUUGAGCGACGAGCAGCGACAAGAGAUCAAGGAGGCCUUUGAGCUCUUUGACACGGACAAGGAUGGGGCCGUGGAUUUCCAUGAGUUGAAGGUGGCCAUGAGGGCAUUGGGCUUUGAUCUGAAGAAGGCCGAGGUGCUCAAGUUGUUGAGGGAUCAUGAUCGGAGGGGAGAUGGGUUGAUGGAGUGGGAGGAUUUCAGUAGGAUAAUGAGCGAUCGAAUCGCAGCCCGCGACCCGAUGGAGGAGAUUCGUCGCGCUUUCGCCCUCUUUGACGACGACAAUACGGGCAAGAUCUCGGUCAAGAAUCUGCGCAGGGUCGCCAAGGAGCUCGGAGAGCAACUGGACGAGGAUGAGUUGCAAGCAAUGAUCGACGAGUUUGACUUGGACCAGGAUGGCGAGAUCAAUGAGCAGGAAUUCGUGCAGAUCAUGAUGGAUGAGAAUUGA